AUGAACAUCGCCAUCGACGAGUACGGGCAACCGUUCGUGAUCCUGAAGGAGGAGGAGAAGAAGCGGAUCAAGGGAAUCGAGGCGCACAAGAGUAAUAUCCUCGCGGCCAAGGUGGUGGCGGACAUCCUGAAGAGCUCCAUCGGACCGAGGGGAAUGGACAAAAUCAUCGUCAGCGAGGAUAACAAUGUGACGGUUACAAACGACGGAGCAACGAUACUCGAAAAAAUUGACAUCCAGCACGAGUGUGCAAAACUGUUGGUGGAACUAUCAAAAAGUCAGGACAACGAAAUUGGCGAUGGGACCACCGGUGUUGUUAUCAUCGCGGGGGUCCUCCUAGAAGAAGCGUACACUUUGAUAGAUAAGGGGAUUCACCCGCUACGUAUCGCGGACGGAUUCGAAAACGCGUGCAACAUUGCUUUGAAGGCAAUUGAAGAGAUAGCCAUAACAGUAGACAUCGAGGAGAAAAACAACGAAAUGUUAAAAAAGCUAGCCAGCACUUCGCUAAGCUCCAAAAUUGUGUCGAGCAAAAAGGACCUCCUAUCAAACAUCGUAGUAGAUGCAGUCCUCUCCGUUGCAGAUAUGAAGAGGAAAGACGUCAGAUUUGACUUAAUCAAAAUUGAAGGAAAAACAGGAGGACUCUUAGAAGAGUCUACCCUAAUCAAAGGAAUCGUGCUGAACAAGGAACUCUCCCAUUCGCAGAUGAUCAAAGAAGUGAAAAACGCAAAAAUUGCCAUCCUAACCUGCCCAUUCGAACCACCCAAGCCCAAAAUAAAACACAAGGUUAACAUAACUAAUGUAGAUGCAUUUAGGGACCUCCAAAAUAUUGAGAAGAAAUAUUUUUACGAUAUGAUAGAUUCGUUGAAGAAGGCAGGAGCCAAUUUCGUCAUAUGCCAAUGGGGCUUCGAUGAUGAAGCGAAUUACCUCCUCUUGAAGGAAAACAUCCCGGCCAUCAGAUGGGUAGGAGGCGUCGAAAUGGAACUCAUAGCCAUCGCCACGGGGGGAAAAAUCAUCCCCAGAUUUGAAGACAUACAUGAGUCAAAAUUAGGCAAGGCAGAUUUGAUCAGAGAAAUCUCCCACGGUACUGUUAACAACCCCAUGGUCUUUAUCGAAGGAUGCUCAAACACAAAAGCUAUCACCAUCCUGUUGAGGGGGGGCAACCAAAUGAUGAUUGAAGAAUGCGAAAGGAGUGUACAUGAUGCCUUGUGCUCCGUUCGCAACCUAAUAAGGGAUAAUAGAAUUCUCCCUGGGGGAGGGGCCAGCGAAAUCUACGCUGCACUUGCCAUCGAAAACGUGGCCGACAAAUGCAAAGGCAUAGAACAGUAUGCCAUUCGAGCCUUUGGAAACGCCCUGCUGUCCAUCCCAAUCAACCUCUGCAAUAACAUGGGGCUCAACAGCAUCGACAUCAUCUCAGAAAUAAAAACGAAGAUCCUUCAGGAGAAGAAGAAAAACCUCGGCAUCGACAGCCUCAACUACAAGGUCGACGACAUGAUCGAGAAGGGCAUCUUCGAAACGUUCAACUCCAAGUACAACCAGUUCUCCCUCGCCACGCAGGUCGUCAAGAUGAUACUCAAAAUCGACGACGUCAUCGCGCCGAACGACUUCAACUAGGGGAGCAGCCAGCGUAGCGUAGCAUGCGUAGCGUGCGAAGCGGGGCAUACCUAGCGGGGCAUACCCACCGAAGCAUGCGUAGCUGGCAAAACGCCGCGUCAGCUCCGCGACUGCCCCCCCAUUGUACCCAUUAGUCACCCUGCGGGACCACCCUCAAGCCAAACGCACAGCUUGCAAGAAGGGUGAAGCCCCCUCUGCACAUGCGCAUUUUUUCUU